UCGGCGCCAUGCCGCUCGGGCCGGCGGCGGUGGGCGUGCAGGGCGUGCCGGCCCGGCACUCGGGACACUUCCGGCAACCCCCGGCCCGUGCUCUUCGCCGGGGGCGCGCCGACGGCCGUGGCCGGCGGCAGUCUGACGGCCACCGCGCCCCCCGUCUACCAGCACAGGGCCGCGGCGACGCCCGGUGCAGCGGGGGCCGGCCAGCAGGUCAGGGGAUACCCAGACACGAUCCUCCGCGAGGUGCCGCAGGUGCAGAUCGUCGAGAGAGUCGUGGAGGUGCCCCAGGUGCACGUGCAGGAAAAAUUCGUGGACGUCCCGACGACGCUCUAUCAGGAGAAGAUCGUCGAAGUGCCACAGGUGCAUGUCGCGGAGCUUAGGAAGCAGGUCCCGCGAGUGGAGGUGCAGGAGGUCGUGAAGGAGGUGGCCAAGCCGGUGACCGAGGUGUACGAGCGCCUCGUGGAGGUGCCCCAGCUCAUGACCGUAGAGAAGCUGGUGGAGGUGCCGCAGGUUCAGAUGGUGGAGACGGUGCGGCAGGUGCCGCGGCCGCAGGUCCAGCAGGUGGAGAAGAGGGUGGCGAAGCCUGUCUUCGACGUGCGGGAGCGGAUCGUGGAGGUCCCGCAGGUCACCAUCCAGGAGCACAUCGUGGAGGUUCCCAAGGUGGAGUACGUGGAGUUCCUGCGCGAGGUGCCCAAGCCAGAGGUGCAAUUCGUGCAGAAGCACGUGGAGAAGCCCGUCCUGCAGCUGGUGGAGAGGACGGUGGAGGUGCCUCAGGUGACCCUGCAGGAGUGCAUCGUGGAACUCCCUCAGAUCGAGUAUUUAGACCUGGUGAAGCAGGUGCCUCGGGUCGAGGUCCAGAUGGUGGACAAGCAGGUGAGGAAGAAGGAGAUCCAGUACAUAGAGAAGAUCGUCGAGGUGCCGCAGAUAGUCUACGAGGAGCGCAUCGUGGAGGUGCCGCAGAUCGAGUACAGGGAGGUCAUCAAGCAAGUCCCCAAGCCGGAGAUCCAGUACAUCGACAAGAAGGUUCCAAAACACGUGAUCGAGUAUGUCGAGAAGAUCGUGGAGGUGCCCCAGGUGAUCUACGAGGAGCAGGCCGUCGAAGUCCCCAUGGUGCACAACGUGGAAGCCAUCACGGAGGUGCCGAAGCCACAGAUGCACGCGGUGCCGAAGGAGGUGCCGCGGAUCGAGUUGAGGGUUCAAGAGAGGAUCGUGGAGGUGCCCACGCAGCUGCAGGUGGAGCAGCCCGUGGAGGUGCCGCAGGUCUUACUGGCAGAGGUCAUCACCCAGGUGCCCCGCCCCGAGGUCCAGUACAUCGACAGAGAGGUGCCCAUCGUGAGGACCGAGGUGCGCGAGCAGAUCGUGGAGGUGCCGCAGGUCAUGUACGAGGAGCGCCUCAGAGAGGUGCCCCAGGUGCAGAUUGCCGAGUUCAUCAAGCAGGUGCCGGUGCAGCACUACCAGGACAUCCCCAAGGAGAUCGCCAAGGUAGAGACGCGGGCCGUCGAAAGGGUCGUGCCAGUCGCGCACAACCUCCUCCACGAGGUGGCCGUGGAGGUGCCGCAGGUGUGCGUGCAUGAGGUCCUGACGCAGGUGCCGUCGGCCAGCCAGGAGCAGCGCAUCGUCCAGACCGGCAUCGAGGCCCAGCGGCGCAUCCCGAGGCACCAGGCGGUCGUCGGCUCGGGCGAGGCACAGUUCUCAGGCGUGUACCACGCCCCCGCCGUGCCGGCGGACGGCUCCUACAGGGCCGCGCCGCCGCCGGCGUACGCAGCCGCCGGCACUCGCCAGGCGCCCGCCACGCACUCGGGGCACCCUCGCGCGGCGUCGCGACGGAAGGCGUUUGCUUCAUUUCCGGCCUCGGGGGGCCCUGUCCGCGGACAACCCGCACCCGCGCUGGCGUUCUCCGAAGCGUCGUCGAUCCCUCGACCUGGGAUUCGUACAGGGCAUGUUCGGCCCUCGGAGCCGACGAACUUUUUGCAAGGUAGCGCGCUGGAGCGGGGCCUGAAGGAAAUCCAGACAUGGUACGGUGCAGAGGUGCCACUCUCGUAUACCAGGCGGGCCCCUGUACCGACCUCUGGGGAGCCGCGUUGCGAAAAAGUCACGGCGUCGGAUGUCUUGGCAGGGCGACCUGUUCGCCCAGCUCGACACGAACAGGGACGGCGUCAUAAGUCGGGCGGAGUGGGACCACGCGGCGGCGGCCGCCGCGGCUGGCGCAGGAUCUGCCCGCCUCGCAGGCGGCUUCGGCGUCACCGACGCCCCCGUUGGCUACUACGCGGCGACGGGCCCCUCCGCGACGGCUCGGCCCGCAUACGCCUACGAGCCCACCGCCGAGGGCUACUACGCGGCAACGGGUCCUUCCGCGACGGCUCGACCCGCGUACGCCUACGAGCCCACCGCCGAUGGCUACUACGCGGCGACGGGCCCUUCCGCGACGGCUCGCGCCGCGUACGCCUACGAGCCCCCCCUGCGGUGAGCCGGGGAGGCCGUGGCCGUCGGCGGCGAGGCGGAGGCCGUCGGCAAGCUGCAUGAAAGACACACAUGUGCAGGCCAAACAGGCCUGUGAACUGAAGGCGCCCGUUUAUCACUCAGUGCAGAACGUCUGCCUCCAUGAAGGGAAAGGCUGCCUUCAGCAGGCCAAGCAAAAACUGCCGUCAGUUGAGUUGGUUCCUGCCUUCAGUGAGAGAUGUGUUCCUUCAGCGGGCAGUGGAGGCGGACUGGGGGUCUAAACUGGCUGGGGUUCCAGAAAAUUUGCCAGGAGGGCUGGGGUGAGGCCAAAUCCGUUCUAAAUCGGUCCUAAGGCCUCUCUCGGGGUCAAUCUGGAUCACUUCUUUACCCCAGCUUCUGUUUCGACGGUCCCGGCGCCCGAGAACGGUCCUGGGAGAGCGAGACAGACAGCAAACCUUCCCAAUGCCAGAACGUCGAACCCGCCCGCCCCUCCUGCUGGCCAUAACUAGCACUGGGCCACCUCUCCUCCUCCUCCCCUUGCUCCUCCUCCUCCUCCUGCUCCUGCUCCUUCUCCUCCUCCUCCAGAAUGAAAGUUGUUUGCCUUCGGUGGACCUCGCCUGCAGCGCCUUCGCCCGCAGGGCCUGUUCAGACACGUGCACAACGGGGCAGGGCAAGAUCGGAAGAAGGCUUCUUAAAAGCACCCUACUACUGAGAAGGUGCCGGCCUUCUCUAUAGAUGUAGGGCCGGCGCCUUCCAAGAAGCAGCCUCCUUCUAAGAAGCCUUCCCUCUUUUUAUGUUUCUGUCAUUGUUCGUUCCCCUCAUACCUCGCCUGCAGCGCCCGCGCCCGCAGGGCCUGCACCGAGCGCCUGCCCUGGCCGCCCGCCCUGACCACGGCGCCCCGCGGGCGCGCCCGGCAGCGGACCCGCUCGCGGACGCGGUCGCCGCCCCGCGGUCAGCGCGGUCAGCGCCUUGCCGCCAGG